AUGGCCGGCUUAGACGCUGCCGACAACAAGAUCGUUCUCUUUGCGAGAUUCGAGCGAUCGUUAUCGAAUUUUCAACGCCAAUUUCUGCUGCAAAAUCCUGACCUGAUCAGUCCAGAUGUGGUCGGUGCUCUCUUUCGGACAUCCCUCGAUGGAACUCCUCACGAGCGAAAGAAAACGCUUGAUUCUGUCAACCCAUCUGUCACAAAGAUUCACAGCCAGCAUGCCACAAGAAAAGCACGCAAAGUGGUGAAUUCGUGGAUGGCCUUCCGCUCAUCAGCGUAUUACUCACGCCUGAUCAAGGACUUGCCACAGAAAGCCCGCUCACCAAUGCUGGCACUGCUGUGGAAGCACGACUUAAACCAUGGAAUCUGGGAGCUUUUGAGCGCUGCUUUCAGUCACAUAAGGGACAACUACGCUAGCGACGAGGUUUCACUCGACGACUUUCUUUCUGUAGCGGCUCAAGUUGUCCCUAUUGUGCCGCCAUCUCAGUAUCUCGAACGAUAUGGUUGGAUCCGUAGAGGUGAUGUUCUCGAACGCUCCGAAGUUGGAAUAGCACAAUCGCCCACGCCUACCAAUGCAUCGUGUAGCGGACUCAUCCGCUAUUGCCUCCGAAAGGGCCUUAUCUCAAUGCCCUCUGCAGAGGUACAAGAGAGUUGUCAAAUACUUGGGAGUCCAAAAACUCGUUACUCAAGUAUCUCAUUCGCUGCGGCCACAUCAGCCCUAGACGAGACACAGAAAGCAGGAGGAUGUCAAGGGAGUGCAAUACGCUUGCAACCAUCGACGAACGUCGGUACGGACUUUCCAUACUGUGAAUUAGCUCAGGGUGAUGAAGUUGCAAAUCUGCCCACACGUCAGUGCUUCGAGCCAAAUUACUACGCACAUAUGAUGGGAUGGAGGAUCGCGCAGGAUAGUGGUGAGUCUGACCAGUUUCUCCUUAGCAGUCUAGGGGUCGGCGAAGGUGAUAUACUGGACCCGUUGUCGAUUUGCAGCGGAGAACAUCUGGGGAUUUGA